AUGUGGCAUCGACCAUACCUGGCUCUAUUCGAGCAACAAAUGUACAAGAUGGUUAAUGCAAUUGCCCUCAUGUUUACGAAUUCUACAGAAAGGAGACUUUACCAGCGAGCAGCUUCCGCAUUCAGAACGCCAUACUGGGACUGGUCUCUCCAAGCCCCAGAUGGGCAGACUCAUCUCCCGGAUGUUUUUUGGAGUCCUGUGAUACUACAAUAUGGUCCUAAUGGCAUGCAAAACAUCCGGAACCCUUUGUACUCAUACCAGUUUCACCCGCUAGAUAAAGAUGCUUUGAUAUGGAACCCAGCAAGUACCGCCUCCACGUCGACUGAGAUAUUCCAACUUACUCACGAACAGUUGAAGCAGUGGAACGAAACAAAACGUGCCCCAAAUAUCACGGUCAGUCUCCUAUCACCACCUUCAAAUAACGAGGAAGUAAACAGGGCAUUGCUGUCCAAGCUGCCAGAACUUCAGCAAAGAUUGUAUAUUCUAUUUUCCAGUUACCACGACUUCAACUCGUUCAGCAACAAAGCCUGGGCUGUGUCUCGGGGCCUUUCGGCACUAGACUCCAUCGAGUCCAUUCACGACGUUAUUCAUAUGUACGGAGGGUCCAAGGGCCACCUGACUUACGUCCCUCUGUCUUCAUUCGAUCCUCUCUUCUUUCUGCAUCAUACCAUGACUGACCGACUGAUAACCAUAUGGCAAAUACUCAACCCGUCAUCUUGGAUCACCCCAAUGGCUGCAGGUGAAACUAGCUACACUGCUUUGAAAGGGACGAUGCAGUCGUCUGAAUCGGCCUUGACCCCUUUCUUCGCCACAAAUGAUGGUAAAUUUUGGGACUCCGACAUGGCGAGAGAUACGACCGCAUUUGGAUAUGCCUAUGCGGACACCAUCAUGAAAACGGGAUAUGAUGAUGACCUACGUGAGGCAUUAAUCAGAAAGAUCAAUACAUGGUAUGGGUCAUCUAGCCCGGUCGGAUUAAUAGACAAGAAAGCUGGCUCCGGGCGGAGGAGUCCAGUCACAAACAGGCCAUCCGCUGCUGGGCACAGAGGACCUGGCUUCAGACCCAAUAUCAAGUAUGACGCAGAAGAUCCUCCUGCAGAACGCGUUUUCGAGGAAAAUCAUUACACAGAAUGGGUUGCAAAUGUUGGGGUCAAUGUCGAAGCAUUGGAUGGCUCCUUCGUCAUUCAUUUCUUCUUUGGGCCACCACCACAGGAUGAAAACGACUGGCACCUGGCGCAAAAUCUAGCGGGAACGGUGGCUAUUUUCGCCAUGAACCGAAUGACUGGGUCAGAAUCCAAGAUAUCCGGGACAGUACCCUUGACAUCGGCUAUUAUGAAGAUGGUGGCCGCAGGGGAAGUUGACGGCCUGACCCCGCGAGAGGUUCAACCAUUCCUUGCAAACGCCCUCUACUUUGCCGUACAGUCCAGCAACGACUCACAGGUCGAUCCAAGGCAGGUAGACGGACUCCACAUUACAGUGGCCAGUUCAAAUGUUCAGAUACCCAGGACACAGUCAGAAUUACCAAAAUGGGGUGCGUCUGUGACCAGACUGAGACUCUGGCCGGUGACCAGCCGAUGA